AGGAUAAGAUAAGUGGACUACCAGAUGAAGUUCUGUUGUACCUUCUGUCUCUCUUGUCAUUGAAAGAAGCAGCAAGGACUAGUGUUCUUGCGCGACGAUGGCGCAAGGUUUGGACUUUUAUUCCCGUCUUGAAUUUUGAUGCUUCGCAGGCGUUACUUGCCCUGAAGGAACGAAGAAGAAGAUUUGGAAUAGUUGAUAAUAGGAUGCUUGCUCUGGAAAGGGAUAGAUAUGUCGAUUGGGUAAAUCUUGUCUUGGAGGCAUAUCAGGGAUCUUCCAUAGAAGAAUUUCGAGUUCGAUUUGAUUUGGAUGAAAAUCAUGGGUAUGAUAUUGACAAAUGGGUUUACUUCGCAAUUGAAAAGAAAGUUAAACGGCUGGUGAUGGAGUUCCAGAAGUUCUUAGUUGCUGUGCACAAUGAAAAGGUUUACUCUUUCCCCCCAUUACGUAGCAUUUUUAAGAGGCUGCAUAACUGUAGAUCCCUUAUAGCGCUAGAGUUGAAUUGUGUAAACAUAAGUGGAGGUGUUGUUGAAUACUUCAUAGCUAGUUGCCCACAUCUUAGGCAAUUAUCAGUUGAAGGUUCAGAGUCUAUGGUUGAUCUUAAAGUUUCUGGAGAAUCACUUUGCUUGGAGUACUUGAAGAUAGCAAAUUGCUACAAGUUGGAAAGCAUAUAUAUCUCUGCAGCAAAUCUCUCAUCAUUCGCAUAUUUGGUGAAGCGAUAGAUAUCUCUUUUGUGAAUGUACCCAACCUCGUUGAACUAUCUUUUUGUGGGAGAUAUUCUCAAUACAUCGUCCGUAGCUUUCGUGAGCUUUCAAAUUUUGCAUUUCAACUAGUGAAACUUAAACUAGUUGUGCCGAAACUCGAGAAAAAGAUGGUACCUGAAAAAUUCAAGUUCCCUUUGCUUGCAAACCUCAAGAAUUUUGAAUUGAAGACUUAUGGAAGUGAGAGUGACAGUCUUCUUAAUUUUGCUCCUUUGAUAGAGGCAGCUCCUUCUAUGCUUAGAUUUUCAUUGGAGUUUAUUUGGAUUGAGAAUGCUUGGUUGAACGGGAGGAGACAAAAGAAGGCGGCCACAAAAUGUCCACACCAAUGCCUUAAAGAAGUGGAACUUGCUGGCUUUGUAGGGCAUGCUAUUGACAUGGAGUUUGCAGAGUAUUUGAUCGAGAAUGCUAUUGCAUUGGAGAAAAUUAUCAUUGAUCCUGCAAAUCUAAGUUGGAGAGGAUACGAGUUGUCGUUGCCGGACGAGAGAUUGAAGGAGAUACCAAAUAUCAUAGAGCAAGUAAUGAAACUCCAAUCUAAAUAUUCCCUAGGAGAUAAAUUAGUACUUCACAAUUUAGAGUAGAUUAGUAAGUAUUUUGCAAUUUAGUUAGUACUUCGCAAUUUUUGACCUACACCCCCUAGAUUAUUAGAUUAGUAAGUACUUCGCAAUUUUUGAAUUUCAGUUUUAGCUAUAUAUUUAUCUUUUUAAUGUUGUAAUUUGUAAUUUUAGAUGAUU